GUUUCUCAUUGUUGUUUCUUGAUGUCUGCGUGUGCUGCUGCUAUGGGUUGGUGUUGGUUCCUUCUCUGAUCCUGAUGGUCUCGAGGGCGUCUCCCAUUUUCUCGAGCACAUGCUGUUCUAUGCUAGUGAGAAGUAUCCCUUGGAGGAUAGUUACUCAAAGUACAUUGCAGAGCAUGGAGGCAGAACAAAUGCCUUCACAGCUUCUGAGAGUACUAACUUUCAUUCUGAUGUUAAUAUUGAUGGUUUUGAAGAGGCCUUGGACAGAUUUGCACAGUUCUUCAUUAAACCAUUGAUGUCAGCCGACGCAACCAUGAGGGAAAUCAAAGCAGUUGAUUCUGGUUUGCCAUUUUCUGGAUUCAGUUUAGUAUAUUAUUUCUCACAUUGUUGAACCGCAAUUUAUUCAUGGUUAUCCUCUCUCUCUCUUUGUUUCUCUAGAGAACAAGAAGAACUUACUUUCUGAUGUUUGGAGAAUGAGUCAGGUAGUAGCUGCACUGUUCUGGACUCUCUUUUUUGUCAAUUGAGUGAUUUCAAACUUUUUUCUUUUACUAAAGAUUUUAAGCUUUU